AUGUCACAGCUAAUAUUGGAGGAAAUACCUAAAGCUGAAUAUUCCAGUUUAUUCAAUGAUUUUGUUGAAUCUGAAUUUUUUCUUAUUGACGGAGAUUCAUUACUUACCACAUGUCUUUGUGAGAAAUCAUUAAAGGUGGGGCAGAAUCUCCACUUCUUCUAUCUGGUUGAAUGCUAUCUUGUGGAUCUUAUGAGUAAAGGAGGACAAUUUGCUAUUGUUUUUUUCAAGGAUGCUGAGUAUGCAUAUAUCAAUUUUCCUGAACUUCUUCCUUUGCGAAGUGCUUUAAUUCUUCAUCUUCAGCAUAAUACCACCAUUGAUGUUCGAACUAAAUUUUCAGGAUGCCUAUCACAAGAGUGGAAAUGUUUCUUGGAAGAGAGUUAUCCAUAUUUCCUGAUAGUUUCAGAUGAAGGCCUGAAUGAUCUACAGAGCAACCUAUUCAACUUUUUAAUCAUACAGUCUUGGGCAGUCAAGGUCAAUAUUGUGCUUACUUCAGGACAAGCUUCUGAUAUUCUCCGACUGUAUGCAUACUUUAUGCCAAGUAAUCAUAAAAGUCAAAUAUUUUUCAAGAAGAAUGAAAAAAUGAUCGAGGAUGCUUACAAAACCCUGAUUAAACAAUUGGAAGAACAUAGAGUUUCAGCUUUAGCAUCUCUUUUUAAAGAUUUUACUUGGACAAGCAUGAUGGAAGAGGCAUGUGAGAGUAUGUCUCUGCUUAAGCAACUCUGGCCAGAAGGAUCUGACAUUCGACGUGUUCUUUGUGUUACGGCAUGCUCACUCUCUUUGAGGAUGUACUACCGCUUUUCAGAAAAGAGGAAGAAGACUCCCACUGGUCAGGUAACUAACAUGCAAUAGGGAGUCAGCAAUUGCUUAGCCCUGCAGGAGGCGGAAGAUUUGUGUAGAAUGUAUUGCCUCAGUGUGGCUUUUCUACUCCACUUACCGCUUUCUCAAAGAGCUCAAGCUAGAUUCAUUACUUCCCAUUGGAUUAAGGAGACACAUACUUUCUUUAAAAUGAAACAAUGGUGUGAAUUUUUCAUCCUAAGUAAUAUAAACAUUUUUGAGGAUUUGGAUUUAACUCAUCUUUCUGACUUAAAUGAUGAGCCUUUGCUGAAGAAUAUUGCUUUUUACUGUGAAAACGAACUUGUUAAAGGCCUCCAUUUGAAUUUAGGAAAAGUCAUUGCAAAGGAUUAUGAACAUCUCUGGAAUACCGUGUCAAAAUUGGUCAAAGAGUUUGAGGUUGGAAAGCCACUUCCUCUGCGAACAACAGAACUUCAUUUUCUCAAAAAGAAUCAUUCACCUAUUGAAGAAAACGUGGAGGAAAAUGUACCUAAUUUAGGUUUUAUUUCAGUGUCAUCUAAGCUGGUUGAUGAGUUUGUUGGAGACGUUUUGAAAGAUUUACCUUUUCUAAAGAGCGAUGAUCUAAUUGUUACUUCACUGGUUAAACAAAAGGAAUUUGAUGAACUUGUACAUUGGCAUUCCCACAAACCCCUGAGUGAUGCCUAUGACAAUGCAAAAUGUCACUUUGAUGAAAAAUCUAGAGAUCCUUAUGUUCUUAAAUCCUUGCAAAAAUUUCAUGUUUUUCAACGAUUUUAUGGGAAUUCAUUAGAAUCAGUCUCUUCAAAGAUCAUUGUAACUCAAGCCGUCAAGCCAAAGAAGGAUUUCAGUGGACCCAAGAGCAAAAAGGUACAUGAGACCAAAGCUGAAAUUAUCACUAGAGAGAAUAAGAAGAGGUUAUUUGCCAAGGAAGAACAGAAAGAAGAGCAAAAAUGGAAUUCUUUGUCAUUUUCAAUUGAACAGGAAAUGAAAGAUAAUUUAAAUUCUGGAAUAAAGAAUCUCGAGGAUUUUUUGAAGUCAUGUAAAAGUAACUCAGUGAAAUUUCAAGUUGAAAUGGUAGGGUUAACUGCCUGCUUGAAAGCAUGGAAAGAAUAUUGCCGAGAUGAAGGUCAAACCUCAAAUGAUUUAAGUAUCGCUGUUCAAAUGAUGAAAAGAAUCCACUCUUUGAUGGAUAAAUACCCAGAAUUUUUGCAAGAACCAGAUUAUCAGUUCAUAGCCAGAUGCCUUAAGUAUUUAGGAUUUGAUGAAUUGGCAAGUUCUUUACAUCCAACACAGAUUUCAGGAGAUAAGAAGAAGGAGAAGAAAAAUAAUAAAUAUUCAGUUGGCAUUGGACCUGUUCGGUUUCAGUUGCAAUUCAUGGGCCAUUAUUUGAUACGAGAGGAGAGAAAAGAUCCAGAUCCAAGAGUCCUGGAUUUUAUUCCUGACACAUGGCAGCGAGAGCUCCUCGAUGUUGUAGACAAUAAUGAGUCUGCAGUGAUUGUUGCCCCAACAUCCUCUGGGAAAACCUACGCUUCUUACUAUUGCAUGGAGAAAGUGCUGAAGGAGAGCAAUGAAGGGGUGGUUGUGUAUGUUGCUCCAACAAAGGCCCUUGUUAAUCAAGUGGCAGCAACAGUUGAGAAUCGUUUUGACAAAAAACUGCCAUCUGGUGAAGCUCUAUGUGGUAUUUUUACAAGAGAAUAUCGUCAUGAUGCCCUAAACUCUCAGGUACUUGUUACAGUGCCUGCCUGCUUUGAAAUUCUGCUGCUUGCUCCUCAUCGACAAAAAUGGGUGAAAAAGAUCAGAUACGUUAUAUUUGAUGAGGUCCAUUGUCUUGGUGGAGAAAUUGGAGCAGAAGUCUGGGAGCACCUCCUUGUCAUGAUUCGAUGUCCCUUUCUGGCUCUUUCAGCUACAAUAAGUAAUCCUGUACAUCUCACUGAGUGGCUACAAUCAGUAAAACGAUACUGGAAGCAAAUGGACAAUGUAAUGGAAAAAAAUAUUACUUCUAAAAGAAAAAAUUACUCUCGUGCCAACUUUCGCAAAGACUACUUACAAAUAAAGCAGUCAUAUAAAGUUAGACUUGUGCUCUAUGGGGAGAGAUACAAUGAUUUAGAGAAGCAUAUAUGCUCAGUGAGAGGUAACGAUGUUCAUUUUCAUCAUUUUCACCCAUGUGCUGCACUAACAGCAGAACAUAUUGAAAGGUAUGGAUUCCCUUCAGAUCUUACCCUUUCACCUCGAGAAAGCAUCCAGCUUUAUGACACCAUGGUUCAAGUCUGGAAAACUUGGCCCAGAGCCCAGGAAUUGUGUCCAGAGAAAUUUAUUCAUUUUAAGAACAAAAUAGUCAUUAAGAAGUUGGAUGCUAGAAAAUAUGAAGAGAGCUUAAAGGCAGAAUUAAAACAAUGGAUUGAAAAUGGCAAUACAAAGGAGGCCAAAAUGGUACUGAAGAGUUUUAGUCCUAGUAUAAUUGAAAGUCCGGAAAACAAGGUACAAAUAUUCCCACUUCUUAUUGAAAAGCUAAGAAAAUUGGGAAAGUUGCCUGCGUUAUGUUUUAUAUUCAAGAUAAGAGAUGUAGAAAAAUGGGCUGUAAGUGUAAGUACUUUUCUAGAGGAAAAACAGGAGAGAAAAAGACCCCCCAAAGCUGAUAAAGAGGCCUAUGUCAUGGUUAACAAACUUCAGAAAGUCAAAAAAUCCAUGGAGAAACAAAGGAUAAUAGAUGGAAAAGGUCAGAAAAAUCCCAGAAGGAUGGACCAAAGCCUAAUACAUGAAGCUGAACACAAUAAUCUACUGAAGAGUCUGGAGAAGAACCUGGGAAUCCCUCAGGACUGCACUUAUGCUGAUGAAAAAGCAGUGGACGCUGAGACUUUGCAGACGGUGUUUGAUCGAGUAAAAUUCCAAAGAAAAGGUCGAGAACUGAAGGCUUUGGCCCAGAGGGGAAUUGGAUAUCAUCACAGCUGUUUGAGCGCCAAGGAAAAACAAUUAGUUGAAGUUCUAUUUAGGAAAGGAUUUAUAAGGGUGGUGACAGCUACUGGCACACUUGCUUUAGGAAUCAACAUGCCUUGUAAAUCUGUGAUUUUUGCUCAAAACUCCAUCUAUCUGGAUGCUUUAAAUUACAGACAGAUGUCUGGACGUGCUGGAAGACGAGGUCAAGACUUGCUAGGAGAUGUGUAUUUCUUUGAUAUUCCAAGGCCCAAAAUAGAAAAACUCAUAAAAUCCAAUGUUCCUGAGCUGAGAGGGCAGUUCCCUGUCAGCAUAACGCUGAUCCUGAGACUUAUGCUGCUGGCCUCCAGAGGGGAUGACCCAGAGGACGCCCAAGCAAAGGUGCUGUCAGUGCUAAAGCAUUCAUUGCUAUCCUUCAAGCAACCUAGAGUCAUGGAGAUGUUAAAACUUUACUUCAUGUUUUCUUUGCAGUUCCUGGUGAAACAGGGCUACUUAGAUCAAGAAUGUAAUCCGAUGGGGUUUGCUGGACUUGUAUCGCAUUUGUUUUAUCAUGAGCCUUCUAAUCUUGUUUUUGUCAGUUUUUUUGUGAGAGGCCUUUUCCAUAAUCUCUGUCAGCCAACCAGUAAAGGCUCAAAACAUUUUUCUCAAGAUGUUAUGGAAAAGCUAAUGUUAGUAUUGGCAAAUCUGUUUGGAAGAAAAUAUAUUCCAGCAAAGUUCCAAGAUGUUACUUUAAAGUUUCAUCAAUCAAAGGUGUUCCUUGAUGAUCUCCCUAAGGAUUUUGAUGCUGCUUUACAUGAAUAUAACAUGAAUGUGAUGAAGGACUAUACCUCAUUCCUGCUAAUUGUUUCCAAACUGGCUGACAUGAAACAAGAAUAUCAGCUCCCAUUAUCAAAUAUCAAAUUUACAGGUAAUGAAUGUGAAGACUCCCAGCUUGUGGCUCACUUGAUGAACUGCAAGGAAGGGAGAAAAGCUGUUUCACCGUUCGUUUGUCUUUCUGGGAACACAGAUGUCGAUUUGCUUAACCCACAGACUAUAAACCAGGUCCUUCUGCACACAAUUGGUAUCAAUGGCAAUCAAGCUCCUGUGUUGUGGUCACAAAAAUAUGAUAACAAAGGAAGAAGAAUGCCACUUAAUGCUUAUGCACUUGAUUUCUAUAAGCAUGGUUCCUUGAAAGGAUUAGUCCAGGACAACAGGAUACAUGAAGGUGAAGCUUAUGAGUUACUGAAAGAUUUUGCACUGACAAUUCAAACAAUCAGUGUUUCCUUGCGUGAACUAUGUGAAAAGGAGAAUGACAAUGUGGUCUUAGCAUUUGAACAACUGAGUAAAACCUUUUUUGAAAAAUUGAACAAAGUCUAA